ACAACCAGCCCGUGUACCUCUGCAGUCGACCUGCACAGUGACAGGGUCACUGCACGCGGGCCCUGGCGCCCGUGGGGCCUACGUGGCGGUGUCGACCCGUCCGCGGACUCCCCUUCCUCUCGUCUCGCUGCUGCCAGAGCCUCCAAGUCGCACGCUGCGCCGCCGCCGUCGCCAUGUCCUCCGCCGCCGCCCAAGCCCUCAAGUUCGUCUCCCGCGCUGCCUUGUCCUGGAAGCCGACGAGGCGGCCGCAGCAAACGCUGGCGGCGACCGUGAGCAGGUCUGGCGUGGGCCUCCACUCGGGCGCGCGUGUCACUGCAACGCUAAUCCCGGCGCACGCCGGCGAGGGUAGGUAUUUCCUCGUGGACGGCGAGGAGGAGGCGAGGUUGGCGGCGGAGGUGGGGAACGCAGAGCCACGGUCGCAGCUCUGCACGACGCUUCGGCGGACCGAAGGCGGGGGCCCGCGGGUCCGCACGGUGGAGCACCUUCUCUCUGCGAUGGAGGCGCUAGGCGUCGACAAUUGCCGCGUCGAGGUCAGUGGCGGCGACGAGAUUCCUUUGCUUGAUGGAUCAGCACAAGAGUGGGUAGAGGCAAUACAAAGUGCAGGUUUGUGUGCGGCCCAGGAUACAAGUGGGCGAAACUUGGAGAAACUGGCCCCCCAAAUUAACGAACCUGUUUACUUGCAGAGAGAUGACUGCUUCAUAGCUGCAUUCCCUAGCUUGCAAAUCCGCAUCAGCUAUGGAAUUGAUUUCCCAAAGGUGCCAGCAAUUGAGUGUCAAUGGUUUUCUACAUACCUGGAUCCUAAUAUAUACUCAAGCAAGAUUGCUCCGGCAAGAACUUUCUGUAUAUUUGAAGAGAUCGAAAAAAUACGUGGUGCUGGGCUCAUCAAAGGAGGGUCACUAGAAAAUGCUAUGGUUUGCAGCAUGUCUGGUGGCUGGCUAAAUCCACCAGUGCGGUUUGAGGAUGAACCUUGCCGUCACAAAAUUUUAGAUCUUAUAGGUGACUUCUCGCUUCUUGCACAGAAUGGUAACCAGGGUUUCCCAAUUGCUCAUAUAGUUGCCUAUAAGGCUGGUCAUGCGCUGCACACUCAUUUCCUGAGCUAUCUGUCUGGAAAGAUCACUGUGGACCAAGAAGAGCUUGCUGGACAAUGCUGAAAUGCACGGCUCUUAUUCAUCGUAGUAAGUUGUUGGUAGUGGUUAGAAAGCUGCAGUUCAGGGUAAGCACUUGACCCUCGUUUCAACACUUGAGCAUUCUAUUUGGAGGAUUUCCUUCAGACUUGUGGGCUGUGUCAGCCAGCUGUUUGGUGUUCGCGUUGUACAAAAAUCACUUUGCCGAGCUGCGUGCAAAUUGUUAAAAGAUUGCAACUUACUAUUGUAUUAAGGCAUUCCUUUUUGUACCAUACAUAAGUUUGCAGGCA